AAUAUUUUAUUGAUCAAAAUAUCUAAUUAAUUAUUAUAAAAUAGUGAUAUUACUUGGCGUUGUUUUUACAUCAAGGUGCAAUUGUUUGUUUUUUUCUACGUUUGUGUUUUCAUAAAAGUGUUGUGUUCAAUAAAUUAUUUCUGGCUACUGCUAGAAAUAUAUUUGAAUCAUCUUUAAACCUCUUUACAUUUCCAUUACCAUUCUGCUUGCAGUAAAUUUUUAUUAUCGUUUUGCGAAUAUCGUCCAGAAGGGCGUUACCAUUUUAUAUGACUUUAGCAGGCCAUAUAGAGACAUUAUUAUCCAGAAGAAAGUCUGGGAGUACCCGGUAUUCAGUGCUAGAACCAGCCCUUGGCAUAGAAACAGGGUGUAUGAAUUCAUCGAAGCGUCAAGAACCUAUCAGUUAUAGGAUAUCAAAAUUUUCAACUAAUAGGCAUCGGAAGUUACAACCAUUCAGAGAAACGUGACUGGUCGCUAAUUUGCGCACUAUUGCUAAUAUUCACUAUCAUCAGUUGUACAAACAUCACCCUGUUGCAGCACCGCCACGAAACUUGCUGACACCACCUGCCUCCGGUUCCGAGCCUUUCUAGUCAUCUAGCUCCUUUACGUAGAAUACAUUGGAUCCCAUAUUAUCAUCACAAAAUAACCAUACCCGUCCUCAAUAAGAAUUAUUUUUACUCCCAAAUAAAUUCCUUUUAAAACACCGUUGCCAACGACGUCGUCAAAAUGGGUAGCGUCAACGUUAACCGUAAUGUUAGCGAUGCAUUUUAUCGUUAUAAAAUGCCUCGCAUAAUGGCUAAAGUUGAAGGUAAAGGAAAUGGAAUUAAGACAGUUAUUGUGAAUAUGGUUGAUGUUGCAAAAGCCAUUGGGCGUCCAGCAACUUAUCCCACAAAAUACUUUGGGUGUGAAUUAGGUGCCCAAACUCAGUUUGAUUUUAAAAAUGAUCGUUUCAUUGUGAACGGAUCGCAUGAUGCAGCAAAAUUGCAAGAUUUAUUGGAUGGUUUCAUCAGAAAAUUUGUCCUAUGUCCUGAAUGUGACAAUCCAGAAACUGAUUUGUUGGUUAGCACCAAAAAAGGAACAAUAUCCCAGGGAUGUAAAGCUUGUGGUUUUCAUGGACCUCUAGAGUUCAAUCAUAAACUCAAUACAUUCAUCUUGAAAAAUCCACCCAACCUAAAUCCAGCCGUACAAGGCUCUUCCCUUACAGCAGGUAAACGUGCAAAACGUAGCAAAAAGUCUGGCGAUGAAGCAAAUAAUUCUACAAACGGAGACGGGUCAGGAUCGCCCGAUGAGUCAACUGAUAUUGUUGUCGACGCUCCAACAGUAGUUGCAGCUGAUGAUAAAGAUGAUGAAUGGGCUGUCGAUGUAUCUGAACAGGCAGUGCGUGAACGUUUAAAAGAUUUAACUGAUGGUGCCAAAGGCAUGACAAUUAGCGAUGAUCUCGACAAGACUGAAAAAGAAAGGAUGGAUAUUUUUUAUGAGUUAGUAAAAUUACGCCGUGAUGCUGGACAAUUGAAUGGAGCAGCAAAGGAAUUGUAUACAGAAGCAGAUCGUUUAGAUAUUAAAUCGAAAGCUCCACUAGUACUUGCUGAAUUAUUAUUCAGUCAAAAUAUAUCCACCGAAGUAAAGAAGUAUCGUUUACUUUUCUUACGCUUUGUCCAUGAAGAUCCAAAAGCACAAAAAUAUUUACUUGGAGGAAUUGAGCAAAUUAUUAGCAUGCAUAAAGAUGUCCUUCUACCGAAAGUUCCUGGAAUUUUGAAAUUAUUUUAUGAUGAAGAUUAUUUAGAAGAAAAAGUAUUGCUGGAUUGGGCCAGUAAAAUCAGCAAAAAGUAUGUAUCGAAGGAGUUAAAUCAAGAAAUUCAUAAUCGUGCUGAACCAUUUAUUAAAUGGUUAAAAGAAGCUGAGGAAGAAGAAUCCGACAGUGAGGAAGAAAGUGAUGAUGAUUUGGAGAUUGAAUACGAUGACCGUGCUAAAGGAACUCCACUAAAAGAAAUUCCAAAACCAGUUACAAAAUCACUUGCUAAACCAAAGGAUCCAGAGGAUGAAGAAGCUGAUGAUUUCGAUAUAGAUGCAAUUUAAAGAGAAUAAUAAUGAAUCGGAUCCUUUUAUUCAAAGAUCAUUCAAUCACUCUGCACACAUAACCACCAAACAGUUAAAACACAAAUCUAAGCUUACACAAUUCCCAAUUUUUUUCUUAAAAUAAUUUCUCUACUCCUUAGACUUUUAAUAGUAAAGAACUAAAUACAAUAUUGUUUCAUUAUAAACAAAACCAAACACUUUUUCUUUUUUUAAAAAGUCUGAUUGCUUUUA